AUGGCAGACAUUUCUUUGGAUGAAGUGAUACGACAACGCGGUAUUAACACCAAAUCACCAGUUAAACGACCCAUGUUUGGACGGGGCGGAGGAGGGGUUGGGAGGGGGUUCGACGCCCGGCAGAAGAUUGGGAUCAAUGAUGCCAGACAAAGGCUUGGAGGGGGGACAGGUUUUCCGGUAAAAGAUGCCAGAGAGAAGCUUGCCUUGAAAGACGCUCGAUUUAAAAUCCGUGGCAGAGGAGGGGCGGGAGCAGGAGGAGCAGUGCAGGAUGCACGGCAGAUGAUCAAUUCACGGAAACAGGGGCAGAAUCAGUUCGGUGUCCCUCCACAGACCAUACAGAAGACAGCAGUCACACAUCACCUACAGAGCCAGACACACGUGGCACAGAUACAAAUACACACCAACAACAAUCUUGCCCAUGUGAAUAAUAGGCAGUUUACGUCAAAUGUACAAGGACUGAGUGCAAGAGGUGGGGCGACGCCGCAGCUGAGCGGCACCCCCAAGAGGCUUAUGGAUGCUCGUGAUAGGCUGAGCCUCAAGAGGAGCAUCGGCGGGACACAGACCCAGGCAGCUGCUGCAGCACCUUUAAAAAUAACCAAGACCAUCCAGCAACGUCCAGUAGGAAUGUCAAGUGGAAUACGUAUGGGCACACAGAAUAUCUCUGAUGAGCUCGACGGCACCCCCAGUAAACAAAUGAAGAUCACUACCAGCAACAACAUGCUACAGUCGCGGCCUGGUGCAAUGGGCUCCCCGUUCUCCAUGUCAGCCCCAAUCACCAAAAUGAUUAAAAAUGAUGCGUACACCGCCCCGCGCCCCCCUGUCCCUGUGGCACCCACCAGACCCAACCCCAGCCCAGCAGCAUCCCGGUCCUCCACUGCAGCCUUACAGCCUGUCUCCAGGACUCUGCAGCAGACGCCAGGAGAAACCAGCGCAUCUCCUCUCGCUCCCCCUCAGCCUGCUUUUAGUCCUCUGGAGGGAACCAAGAUAACUGUGAACAACCUGCAUCCUCGUGUCACUGAGGAAGACAUAGUGGAGCUGUUCUGUGUGUGCGGUGCCUUGAAGCGAGCGAGGCUUGUGAAGGUGGGGGUGGCUGAAGUGGUGUUUGUGCGUAAAGAGGAUGCCGUGAGCGCCUACAGGAAGUACAACAACCGCUGCCUGGAUGGCCAACCCAUGAAGUGUAACCUUCACAUUCAGGGCAAUGUCAUCACUUCUGAUCAGCCCAUUCUACUGAGGCUCAGCGAUACUCCGGGCGCCAGCAGCAGCACAAAGAAAGACAAUUUGCCGCCCUCCUUGUCACGGCCCGCCGGUCAGCGCGCCUCCUCUCAGCCCACUCCAGAGGUCGACCCGCAGACCAUCCUGAAAGCCCUGUUCAAGUCCACCGCACAGUCCACCUCGACCACCGAGCCCUCCAGCUCACAGGCCACUGCCUUCCGCAUCAAGAUAUAGCUUGUGUCCAGUGUACACACACACACACAUAAAGGAUACCACAGAAAGGAUACCAUUUGAUUUUCCCUGUGUCAAACACGUGUUCCAGAGAAGGACCAAUGGAAAGAAAUUUGAUUUGUUCAUUUGUUUAAAUCUGAUGUUGGAAGGGGAAAGAAAUUCAAAUUGGAUGUGUAAGGAUUUCUUUUUUUCCUGUAUUGAAUGCCAGCCUAUUUCAGCAUAUUGUUUUGUUUUUUGUUUAUUUGUUUUUCCCCCGUGAAUAUGACAUUCAAUUGUUGACAAAGUGACAGUGUUGAUGCACCGAACGGCAGGCAGCAUUCUCAUAAUUCAGUCACACUGCAAGUUAAUGACAGUCCAGUUCAGUUAAGUCUUAUCCCAUUGAUGUAUUUUUCUGUGACAGGUUUUACUCGGUUACUCUGUUUUGAAGCAGUCUGUGUUGAAGCUGUUCUGGUUUGCUACUCACUCACGUUUCAGGACUGUACACGACUCUUUUUAUCGCUCCUGUAUGCCAGUCAAGACGACCGUAGUGAGGUGAGAUCAGCGUGUGAAAUUCCGCCAUUAAAUAUUUAGCUUUGUAGAUGUUGUUUGAGAUUUUGUCUUUCCUGUCUGCCACAUGAUGUGUUUUAGUUUCCAUCGCUGAUAGCAAAGUGUCGUCCUCUGUGUCGCCGCCUCUGCUCUGGGUUCAUGAAACACCUGAGCACGGGAGAGACGGGCCGCACGGCCGGGUAAACCUCUCAGACCGGCUGUCCACAGAAACAUGCUCACCGGCUCACUGGUCAGGACACAUGAUGAAUAAAAAUCCAGAAAUACAAUA